UUCAAACGGCAUGAAUACGCUAAGCCUGCACAAUCAGGCCAACCCCAAUCUAGUGGUGAAGUUUGCCGAUACCGAGAAAGAGCGUCAGCUACGUCGCAUGCAGCAGAUGUCAAACUCGAUGGGUCUGUUCAAUCAGAUGGCCGUCAGCUCCCCGAUAUCCCUCUAUGGUGGUUACCAGGUUAAUACGCAGCAAAUGCUUCAGCAGCAAGCAGCAAUCAUGGCGCACCAGUCGACGGCUGCCUACAUGAACCCAAUGGCUGCCCUGUCCGCUGCCCAACAGAUGAACCAGAUGAAUGCUGUAGCAGCCAACGGUUUCCCUGCUGCCACCACUGCUACCAUCCCUUCCACCGGAGAACACCUCCUAGUACCAGCACCAGGCGCUGGCCAGUCGGCGGUGAACUGUGCCGUCAGCACCCCAACCCUACCCUCACCAACCAUGCCGACAUACACCCUUGCUGCACAGACGAAUGGACAAGCAGAGACACUUUACACCAAUGGCCUACAGUAUCCUGGAGAGUAUGCAGCUGCCAACCAAGCGGCAGUGGCUGCAGCAGCUACAGCGGUUGCUACGGAUCCUCUGCAGCAAGCCUACACUGGUAUGCAGCAGUAUGCAGCAACCUACCCAGCAGCCUUUGGUGGUUUGAGCCAAGCUAGUUUUGCUACCACCGCCACCCAACAGCCGGUACUAGCAGCAGCCCCUCAGAGGGAGGGACCAGAAGGUUGCAAUCUCUUCAUCUACCACCUGCCUCAAGAGUUUGGCGAUAAUGAACUUACCCAAAUGUUCCUGCCCUUUGGCACAGUCAUCAGCUCAAAGGUUUUUGUUGAUCGUGUCACCAACCAAAGCAAGUGCUUCGGUUUUGUGAGUUUUGACAAUCCGUCAAGUGCUCAAGCUGCCAUCCAGGCAAUGAAUGGCUUCCAAAUCGGCAUGAAGAGACUCAAAGUGCAACACAAGCGCCCUAAGGAUGCCAACAAGCCCUACUAAAGAAUACACAGAGGCUCUGUAUGGGAAGACCUUCCAGAGCAGGCUGUGCCAGGCUUUGGAUGAUCCCAUCAAGCAUCUGACAAAGAGAAAAAGUUCUUCUUUUCGUAUUCAAAUUUUGAUUCCAUCCUCUACAUGUGCAGUGAUAUGGAGAGAAAUUUGAACAUUGAUUUUUUUUGUGAUAACUGCAUGAUGAAGAAAUCAACUUUGUACAUAAUCUUAUCAUCAAGCUUAAUUUGGAAUUUUUAGGACAUUUGUAGCAUUUUGAGUAUUAAAAACCUGAGAAAGAUUUAAUACCGAGGAUUGUUGAAUUGCAUAAUAUGUAUAUAUGAUUUUCUUAUUUACAUUACAUUACAUGGAAUGCAUUUUUGGUAGUAAAAUCAUGUAAGAGAUACUAUUUGAAAGGUGGAUUUGAUAGAGAAAUCAUGAAAUUUCACUUAUACAUAUUGUUAUGAUGAAAGAAAUGGAGAAUGUGGAAUAUUUCUUUUUGUUUUACUUUUUUUUUGCUCUAAAUCACAGAACAGAUUUAGACAAUUUAUGAUUUCUAAUGAAUUAUAGAAAGUUCUGUUACAAGCUGCCUGUGAGGAAUACUGCAUGGAUUAUAAACUAUUUGCAAUUUUACCAUUCGAGUACAGAAAUAAGACAAAUCGGUGAAAUAUAUAUUUUUGUCAGCAGUGCUUAUAGUGAAUUUUAGAGCAGCAGAUCUCAUUGAAGAAUAAUAGUAAUGAGAUGAAACAAAUUGAGUGAGAAGGAAGAGUUUUGAAUAUGCUGUGCUGCUUUUAUUUUCAAGAGGAAAAAUGAUUUUCCUCAUUCAUGAGUUAUCUUGUUCUUGGUCUGUGCUAUUCUUUCUUCAAAGAAAAACUCAGGCCAAAUUAAAAAGAAGUGCAAUAUUUAUAUGCCAUAUAACCCUCAAGUAGGAGGGUCAAAAGUAGUUGGAAAAGUUGCUUGAUAGGCAAUUAUAAUUUUUUUUUGUCUUUUCGAAAUGAAGGAAUCAUGUGUUGCUCCUUUUUUCUUAUUUGUCACGUCUUAAAUUAUUCAGAUCUGAAGUCUUAUCUGUUUGUUAGUCAAACCCCCAUGCACGUUAUUUUUGUACGGUAAAGCCAAGCUGAUAUAUUUCUGUGUUUAGAGUACUUAUUUAUUGAAUUAAUUUAUUCUCCACGGUGUGUUGGACAACCAAAGAGUUUGGUGGUGUUUUGUGCAUCAGUCUAGAGUUAGUUUAUGUGUUUUUAUGUUGUAUUCACUUCAUCAAAUCACUGCUCAUACCCUGACAUUCAGUCUUCAUACAUUCAACCAAUCACAAAAUAGAACAUUAACGAAUCAGAUUAAAGCAAUUGCCAUAAAAAAAACAAUCUCUUUAUGAGACAAAGUAUUUCUUUAUGCUAAAUUUAAAAAAACACAUGUAUUUAUCUCCUUAUAUUGUUGUAAAAACAGAUUUCCUGUUGAAUUUUUUGUAAGUUGUUGAAAAGGUGUCAACAAUUUUUACUUUGAAAAUUCAGAAGUAAAUGUGCUGAACUUUUCUUCCCCUUUGGUAUUUUUUUCUUCCCAAUAUAACAUGCUGGGUAUCGAGUGUAACAUACCAAUCUGGUAUAAUUCAAGCCAUCUCCACGUUGGAUAUUGAGGUGUUAUCCUAUUUUGUUUUUGUAUUUUUAUAUAAGUGUUGAUUUGUACAGAAAGGAGGGGACCAAACAAAAUAUUUUUGUUUUAUUUUUUGGACAAGAAGACAUUGUGUGAUCGUUUUUUGAUAAAGUUUUUUGUUAAAAGGCUAUACAUUGCAGUAAUUCAUUGUACAUUCUUGAUGGGAGGACUAUAUUUCCUAAUUCAGCACCAAAAUUUCUUUGGAAAUCCUGGGUAUAUGUGCUUUUAUCAAUAGAAAUCCUUGCUUGCUGUAAAAGUCACAAUCGAUUUCUGUAUUUUCUAAUAUCUUUUUACAAAAAAUUGAUGUUUAUUUUAACGCUAUCAGUUCAUAUUUGAUAUAAGGGUAUGAAUCACAGAUAGUAAAAAAUUCUGCUAGAUCUCAAUAUUGUUAUAAUCAAGGGUUCCUUCAUUGAUUUCUUUUGAAACGAAAGAAUUUGAAAUACACUCUAAAUCCUUCACAGGGGUGUCCAAGCAUGUUUUAUUUUUUUAUUAUCUAAAUCAUUUAAUGAGAGGAAGGACUAUAAUGUCAUAAUGAAAAGGAACAAAAUAUCAUGACAAUCAUGAACAAAGUGCAUCAUGGGUAAAAUUGGUUAUCUAAUACUCUUUAGUUUAGGUGAGUAUUGAUGAAAGAAAUUGAUAUGAAGUUAUUCCAUGGCGUGAUAUUCACACCAGAUGGAGUUUCUGAAAUGUCCAUUCCUUUAGUUCGAGAUUCUCCAUGAAUGUUCAUUUGGAAGAGUUUUGAAUUAUGUUAUACAACGCGACAAUACCCUCCUCGAUCGCCCCACAUUUACACCCCCCCCCCCCCCGUUAAUUGUUCAUGUAUGAACAGGGUCAGGUAUGUAUACCAGGUUCAUUCUUCCUUUCUGGUGGUACAACUACUCAAGAUCUAUUCGCCUGUCCCUUCAUCAUAUUUGAUUUGCUUUUUUUAGGGGGGAUGGGAGGUGUAAUUUUUAUCAGCCUUAUGACCAAAGACUUCCAACAUGUCUAAGAAUUCCUUAUGGUGUAGUUUCAUUUUUUUUUUGCAAUUAAUUUGUAAUAAAUGAGGUAUUCAUUGCUUGUUUGGUGGCUGAAUAUUUUUUUUCAAUGCCACAAAUCUCAUGUUUGGACAAGAGACACCCCAACAUGUGGACAAUUGCUCACUAUCAGAGCAAUGAAGUUAAGGCCAGUUGGGAAUAUUGAACACCAACUUUAUUACAUUCAAAACUUAUUUUGGUCCAUUUUAUAUGAAAGUAUUGACCAUGAGCUUGCCCAAUGGUAAUGCCGUAUCUCUGUACAUUCCAUUUUGUAUCUGCAUGUUCCACUAGAUGCUAUCUCUACCCCUCUAUCUCUCUCUCUCUCUCAAUUUGCUUUUUAAAUUCAUUCAAGAGGUUCUGAGAAAACUCUUUCUUUAUGUUUGUCCCGCAUUACGUGUUUGAGUUAUUUGUGUGUCAGAGAAACGCAAGGCAAUUGUAGAUUCGAUGACCAUGUCAAGGGAAAAGAUGAAAAUAUGUAUUCAUGUCAUAUUGUCGCUGUAAUAUUUUGUAUGAUAUUUAAUUAUUUAUUGAACUUCUGUACAUUUCUUUUUCACAUACUAUUGAUAGAGCAUGUUAUGGUUAUCCCAGCUCUAGAGCAGUUUUAUAAUAAGUGUAAAAGGAGUUCCAGCUUUUUCUGUAUUCAUGUCAAAAGCAUUUAAAGUACUUAAUCCUGCAACUUAAUGAAUCAAUAGAUUCAACUCAUUUGCUCUACUGCAAUUUAUAUUUUACUGAGUUUAAGGCUUUUGUACCAUAUAAAACCUCUUAAAGGAAUGACAAUUAUUCUAUUUUCAGUCAUGUUUUGCUUUCUUCCAACUCUCAAGUCAUGAAAGGAAUGUAUUUUUUGUUGUUUUUGAAAAGACUAUUUUUUUUAUUUUGAUUAAUGAACCCCCUCUGUUAAUAUUCAACUCAUUGAUCAAACAAUGCUGCAUCAGUGUUAACUAAAUGAUGUUCCCUUAAUUUGAAAGGACCUGUUUUUCAUUCUAAAACUUACCUAUCUUACACUUUUCUUAGACAGCUCCACACACAUUUUUUUGUGUGUGUCUCAUUUCUAUGUUUUGGUAUACAUCACUAUUAGCAAAAUGAUUUCAAAGGAAAUAACAUUUCUUAUUUAUUUUAUGUAAAAAUAUCAGCCUCGGUCACCCUCUUAUUUCAUCAUUCUUGGCCAACAUCAAUGGAAUAUAUAUAUUUUUUUGUCUAUUAAUGGUAAAAUUUACCAUUAUCCAGAAUAAUCUAAAUAAGAUUUCCACGAUAUGAUUUUCAAUACCUGAAUACAAAAGAAGAUUAAAAACAGUGUUUGGUAGGUCAUUAUGUUUUAUAAAAGGUAGCCUUUAAAAAUAGACAUGCAUUUUAAUUCUAAUUUCCUUUGUGAUAACAUGCUUGUACAUGCAAUCUCUUUUUGUUUUCGACACAAAAGUUGUAUGAUUUUUUUUUUCUGACACUUGAAAUGACAGCUUGAUUUGUAUUAAGAUCAUGUAGUAUAACGAUUCUUUCACUUCACAUAUAGUUCUAGACAUAUUAUUCUAAACAAAAUAUGAGUGCAUACAUAGUAAUUAGAGUUGUAUAAUAUGUAGAUUGACAUGAUAAGAUUUGAAAAUAUUGAAGAAAAAAUAGAUAAAAGUAGAUUAGUUAUCUCGGGCAGUUCGAGAUGUAGAAUUGAGUUCUUAUCUUUGAUUAAAUCGAUCUUUGCGUCACAAAAGUAGGUGAUUUUUAUUUAUGAUUGGAGCGUUAUUUCAAUAUACCUCUUGAGUGUGGCCUGGGAGAAUAUGAGGAAAUGGAUGGAUUUACUUCACCUCUUUGAUCAAGGAUACCAAACCCACAUGGGGGGUAAGAAGUUCCUGGUCUAUGGUGUUCGGGUUGGACUUGCAUGGAAUACAUUCCGUUUUAAAGAAUGUCUAUUUAGAUUGUAUGCUGGAUUGCUCCAUGAGAUAAUUGCUUUGUACCAUUGAGGAUGCUAAGAAUCAGCAUCCAGAGAGGAAGCAUCAUCUAAGCCAUCUCAUUGCCAUGGAAACCAGCAAUUGAUACUGAAGGCCAAAGGGUGAACGGACAAGUGGAUCAGAAGAAGAAGAUAAGACGGAACUAUUGUAUAGGCUCAGAAGUGAACAAGGAGAGAUAUAAAUUAAGUUUACUUUUAUGAGCAAAGUACUGGUAGCUUGUAAAAUGAAAAUAUAGCAUUGAGAAAAAAAGCAACAGAAAAUAUAAAAAAAAUAUGAAAAAUAUUUACUGCACAUUUUAACAGCCAGUCAUUCCGUACCAAGCUCGUAUUUGAAUAAGCAUUUUUUACCAAUGGUACCUUUGAGGAUUAUAGAUAAAAUAUUAGAAAUUUGAAGAACAACUGUUAUUUUUAAAAAAGAGUGCAGAAUUUUUGAACUUUGAUGUGAUCUAUUCUGUAAAAUGUUUGGUAUCAGAGUUUAUGUACGUUAUUUUUCUUUUUACUUUUAAUUUCAAAUUUUCUUUUUCUUUUUUGAUGGGAUUGUACAAAUUUGCACAAAGUUAUUUCUUUCCUUCAUUCGAGCCGAUAACCAUAGAAUCGACCUGAACUCUCAUCAGGCAUUCUAUUUAUAUAUUUGGCGUUUUUUGUGUUGCAUGUGAACUCUGUCCAAAAUUGUGGAAUAUGGUGAUUAAUUGAUGUUCUAGUGGAAAUGUGGUAUUGGGUAGCGGUAACAAAAUGGUUCUGUGUUGUGACUUUUGGUGAAACUGGUGGAAAAUGAAUAAAAUAUAUCAUUUUAAUAUAUAAAAGAAAUUGAUAAAGAUAUUUAGAUAUUCAUGGAAGGAGACGUUGCAAUCAGCCUUUUAGAUGAUGUACACAAGAAAGACAGUAUAUUUCAUGAGAAACGUUUAUGCAUUUUUAUGUUUGUUUUGAUGGAGGACAUAGAUGGGUAUACAAUGCCCAUCUAAUUAGCACAGUACUGUGAGGGUUAACUUGAUUGUGGGCGACCACAUCAAGUAAGGCCCUAAUUACUUCCAUUUAAUAUAAAAAAGAUGUAAUGCACUCGCUAGUUAAUCUGGCCAGGAUAUCUGGUGUUUUGUAUGGUUGUUGUCCUUGGAUAUCUUUUACUUCAGUCUUUUAAAGCAUGAAAGAAAUGAAGUGCAAAUUUUUUCAGUACAUCAUGUAAAAUCUGUGAGAUUUUUUUAUACAAGAUUUAGUGUUCACUACGGGAGUGAUUGUUUGUGUUAUAUAUAGCAAGAUGGGCAUGUCGUGUUCUGCAUUGAAAUCUCCAUCGAUAUGCAGUAUACACAAUCUUCCACCAGAUGCCUGUGUAUAAAAAGGAAGUACUCCUGUAUUUUAUAUC